AUGAGUGCCUGUGAUUCAAUACGUCUGGCCCUGAGAUCAGCUGAAAUCCAUAGAAUUCCAACUGUUUUAUCGAAGGCCAUAAAGCAGGGAUUCACGGAUAAUGAUCUCCUACAUGAAUAUGCCCAAAUUGUCAAUAUAAAACUGCAUGAAUACACAUUUCCCCAACUAACGUCAAUACUUAAAUCGUUUUCAAUACCACCUUAUAAGAAUUUUAAAUUUUUUAGUCAACUGUGCGAAAGGAUCCUACACCAAGCAAAGGCUCCCAAUUUUAAUCCUUCAUCCAAAGACGUUUCGGACUUUAUCAUUUCUUGUGGAAGAUUGUACUAUAGCGACAGAUAUUUGAUUGCCCAAUUAUCAGGGCAUAUAGCCCCUAACAUCGAGUCUUAUCGUCCUAAGGAUUUGGCCAACAUUUAUCACUCCCUCGCUAAAUUGAGGAUUCAUGAUCUGGAACUGUUCAAAAUUAUAUCAAACUCCCUAACACAUUAUUUAUACACUUUAACUCCCAUCUGUUUGGUCAAUCUGCUAGUCUCCUAUGCAAGAACCAAUUUGGACGAUAGAGAAGCAAUAUAUGCACUAAUUGAUGAGUUAGAUAUGAGAUUGGAUGAAAUGACUGCAAUGGAUCUAGUUCGAGUGACAAUGGCAAUAUCUUGCUUAGAACUCAAUAAAGACGGCAAGUAUGCUAAAGUUGAAGUGUGCAUUGGCAAUUUGCUUAAAAAACUAUACGAUACUUGCUGGCCUUUGGGAUAUAUCCAACAUCUAGUGCUGCUAGAGUCACUAAUACGCUUAAAAACAUUCGAUAGCAAAUUGGUUUAUGGCAAAAUACUACCUGCAUUGCUAACAAAACGGUCAAUUGUGGAAAAUAAUCUAUCCUUCUCAGAAAAUGUGAGAACUAUCGAAUGUAUUGCAUGUCUACCAAGUGUAAAUGAGACUUGUGUCAAAUUACUCGGAUUGAGUGUUAAAAGGAUUCCCAAAUUGAUUAAAGCCGAUGGUAAUUUGAUAGCAAGAUUAUUGGCAGCGUUAAACAGUCUAAAUUAUGAAUCGAAAGAAAUUGAAAGUAUAAUUUUUGAUAUUGCAACACCCAGAUUUUUGGAAUCAUUAGAUGAAAAUUAUCGCAGAACAAUACGAAAUGUUCUUAAUAAGAUUAAAAAUGCGGAACCCGCUAGACAAGAUAGUUAA